AUGACACUUUAUGAUAUAAGUGGUAAAUAUAUGGUUGAUCGUUUAGCUGGUCUAUCAAGAAUGUUAACAGCCACAUCUGAUCACGAACGUGAACAAUUCCUAGAACAAUUAAAUAAUGAAACUCAAAAUGCACAAG